AACUACGAAUUGUUGUGCCGUUCGCGCUAAUUUUAUGGAGGGUGCAUUUUCUAUAACAAGGAAACCGGCUCAAACGAGAACUGAACAGACCGGCUCAGAAAUGAUGCUGUACUUUAUCUAGUUAAUGAGGUUGAUUCUGCGAGUUUUUGACAGUGACGCAAAGAAAAUAAUUAAUGUUUGUCAGUUUCGACCGUGUUUACCUAACUCGUAACAACCCUAUGUUUAGAAAUAGCGUGCUGUUAUUGGACACUCGAUCACGCGACACAUAAAGCUUCAGUUUCUUCGAAUCAGAGCACAAAAAUUGAAAUUCCAGUGGCUAUUUAUUUGAGGCUCAUCCACAGCAAGCAUAAUUCACUAGCACACAGAUUGAAGGAAAACGUGAAGGAGGAUUUUAUUUCAUUAUCAGAGACUGGAGAGGUCUUCUGAAAUUUCAGCAUUCAUGGCAAGUGGUUUAGGGAAAGCUGAAAAUGAAAGCAAUGUUCCACCGCUUGAUGAAAACUGUGUACUGGAGUUUGAUGAUGGCACUUUAAGAGCAAUAGCAGAGAUUUACAAGAAUGAAGGCAAUGAUGAAUACAGAAAGAAAGAUCUCAGCAAAGCCAUUUACUUCUACACUGAAGGAAUUAAAGUGAUGUGUAAGGAUGAAGGAUUGAACGCAAAACUCUACAGCAACAGGGCUACUGCUUAUUUUUACAUGGGAAAUUAUUACGACUCACUAAGGGAUGCAAAAGCUGCGAUGCAAUUGCAACCAUCCUACCUCAAGGCGAUUGUAAGAGGGGUAGAGGCGUGUGUUCAGCUGAAUCAGUUUGAAGAAGCCAUCGUGUUUUGCGACAAAGGAUUAGCAAUUGACAAGAAUGAUCGAAAGUUGUUGGAAUUGAGGAAAAGGGCUGUUAAAGAGCGAAACAAGCUGCAUGAAACAAAAGAAGCGAGAGAAAAUUCCGAUACUCAGACUGCGAAAAGCAUGGUAAGGUUGAUAACAAGAUUAAUGUGGAAAUCAGCAUGUCAUACGACGCAGAAAAAACUAAGGAAUAUACAUGUGUUAGAAACUGGAUCAUUGGCUAAUCAAAUUCAAGAGUUUUCAUUGGCUUAGCCAUCAUGGUAUAUGGGAGCAAUUAUACCAUGCUCGACAAAUAUGGUGAGCGUUCGCAAUUUCAGGGGGUGGGGCGUUUUUGUUUCAGUUUUCUAUAUAUGGGGGGCGAUUUUAAUAAAACAAUUAUUCCACUUGCGUUUGUUAGAUAUAAGAUGAUUGUAGCCAAAGAGGCGCGUAGCGCCGAGUUGGCUAUCUAUCAUCUCAUGUCCAACGCGGGCUCGUAGAAUAAUUGUUAAAUACAUAUAUGGGUUAUAGAUCAAGCGUGAGAUCAAGAUGGCUAGCUAGAUCUUGGAUUUUUACGUGUUCAGACAGAGACGCAGUCAUUUGUUCCUGUUUUGGAGCAUUAUCACAAUGCUUGCCUUUCGACGUUUUGAGAACCAGGAAAUCAACAGCCAACCGGCAACGGUAACGGCUAACCCCAACCCCACGGGUAACCUGAGCGGUCAAGAUUGCAUGUUCUGUUAAAGUAGUCAGUCGCGAAGUCAAGAUUAAUUAAAUUUAUUUCCCGUUGCCCGCUCGCAAAGCUAACCAUAUACUAUUAACAAAACA